UAUCUUGAUUCUGUUUACAAAAUAUCUUUUGUGUCAAAUUUUAACUUACAAACGAAAUCAUAACCUUAUUGACUUUGUCGAAUUAAUAAUCAUCGUAACUAUUCUUUCAUUAUUCAAAAAUUUAUCAUAUAAAAGCUGAAUAGAAAAUAUAUUAGGAACGUACAAUAAACUGACACCUGUCAAAAAUUUUAUAACAAUAACCUAUAAAUGUUAUUUGAAUAAUUAAAAAACAUUAUUAAUUCAGCACAAUGGGUGAGAGAAAAGGAACAAAUUUAUAUUAUCCACCUGAUUAUGAUCCACGCGUUGGUGGACUUAAUAAAUUUCUUGGAACACAUGCAUUACGUGAAAGAGCACGGAAAAUUCAUAUGGGUAUCCUUAUUAUUCGGUUUGAAAUGCCAUAUAAUAUAUGGUGUAAUGGUUGUGGAAAUCAUAUUGGAAUGGGAGUACGAUACAAUGCAGAAAAGAAAAAAAUUGGAAUGUAUUAUAGUACUCCACUUUAUCAAUUUCGUAUGAAAUGUCAUCUUUGUGACAAUCACUUUGAAAUAAAAACUGAUCCUGCUAAUUUAGAUUAUGUUAUUGUAAGUGGUGCUAGACGUCAAGAGAACCGAUGGGAUCCUAAAGAAAAUGAGCAAAUCGUUCCAGAAACAAAAGAAGUUUCUCAUCGACUAUAUGACGACGCAAUGUAUAAAUUAGAACAUAAAGUUGAAGAUAAAAAGAUAGCCAAAUCACGAGAUAAAGUAUUAGAAAGCGCUAUUUCUUUAAAUGAUGCCACAUGGAAGGAUGAUUAUAGUUCAAAUUGUGCAUUAAGAUCUGCAUUUAGGGCUAAAAAGAAAGAACUUAAAAAAAAACAAGGAUUAAAUCAAUUAUUAUUAAAUAAAUCUGGAUUAAAAAUAGAUUUAGUAGAAGAACAUGAAGAUGAUAUUAAAACAGCUAAAUUACUUAUACAUAAUACAAAAAAAGAUGUAGUUCAUACAACACCAUUAAAAAAAUUAGUUUCCAUUGUACGUUCGAAAAAUAAAACAAAGAAUAUAUCACAGUCUUUGCCAAGAAAAAAAACUAAUAUAAGUAAACAGAUAUUACCAAAGGUAGAUAUAGCAACAUCAUCAAAAAGUACUAAUAUCUCCACUUCCUUAGUUAAUUACGAUGGUUCAUCUACUGACACUGAAGCAUAACGUACGUUUUCAAACUUUUAAUUAUAAUGUAAAUAUGUAAUUAAUAUUGAAUGUAAACUUUUGAGAUGUUUUAUUAUUUAAUAUAUAACAUUUGUAUAUAAUAUUUAAAAUAAAAAAAAAACUCUGAUAAAUAUGGAA